AAACUUGAGCAGGCAGGAACGUGCAAAGCUCAAUUGCCAAGAACACAGUGAACAGAAUGGACCCAGACAAGAAGAACAUGACUCUCAGAGAAGGAUUCCUGGUGAAGAGGGGCCAUCUUGUUCACAACUGGAAGGCGCGCUGGUUCGUGCUGAUGCCGGACAAGCUGCUGUAUUACAAGUACGAAGGAGGCAAAAGGGACUCGUGCCAGCGAGGGGAAAUCCUCCUGGAGGACUGCGUUAUGACUUGUCCUUUCCUGGAGCACGAGAACCGACCGCUGGUGUUCAAGCUCCAGACAAAGAAUGGGGUGGAUCAUUUUUUGGAGGCUUGUUCCCGGGAGGAGAGAGAUGACUGGGCCGGUGACAUCACCGCUGCGGUGGACAAGCUGCAGACAUCUGAAGGUGCGAAGGCGCCAAAGCAGCAGCAGGAUCCUGCUGGAUCCCAGUUCCACAACAUUGACCUGAGCAAGGUGUUGGACUCCAUGUACGACGUCCACAGCGGCAUCAACAUGAGCAACCACGUGGAGCAAGGCAACACUUACAGCAACUGUUUCUCAGGUUCAGCCGUGGUGGACUGGCUGGUGUUCAUGCAGCUGACUCUGACCCGUGUGGAGGCCAUGACGCUGGCCUCGGCCCUGCUGGAGGAGGGCUCCCUGCGGACCGUCGGCCUGAAGAGUGUGGAGGCUCUCCGCACCGCCGGCCUCAGCGAGCAGUUCCUGGACGACUCCACCGCGCUGUACAGCUUUUCUGACAGCUUAAAGAAGAGAGGGAGUGUGAAGGCAGAGUCUUCGCGGUCUGCAGUGGAGCUGAGUGGAAAAGUGAUCAAGAGAGGAUAUCUACUGAAACAGGGACACAGGAGGAAGAACUGGAAGCUGCGACUGUUUGUGCUGCGUUCAGAGCCGGCUUACCUUCACUAUUAUGAUCCAACCAAGGAUGACAUCAGCCCCGCUGGCGGCUUCUCUCUGCGAUCCUGUCUGGUGUCUUCUCUGGACGAUAACGGAGUUCCCUCAGGUGUGAAAGGCAACGUUCAAGGCAACUUGUUCAAGAUCAUCACCCAGUCAGACACACACUACUUCAUGCAGGCUCCGACCCAGCAGCACAAGACGGACUGGAUAGAUGCGAUCAGACAGCAGACGUAGAGCGGUUACAACUUAUUAUUAACCAGCUCAUUAAUCCAGAUAUGAAGAAGGAUUUACACAUUCCAUGAAUGUAUACGGGAGCAGCAAAACGGGAUCAUGUCGUUUACAUUGCUUUAAAUGUGUUAGUGAUCACAGAACACUUCUCAGUAUAUCAGUUUGAUUAUUCUGUAUUUUUGUGUUUGUUUAAAAGCUCAACGAGCUCAAGAUGUGUUUCUUAAUAAACCAUAAAAUUCA